AUGGAAGCAGCAGACGAGGUCUUGAUGGUCGAUGAGGUGGAAGAGAGGAAGAGGCGGGACGUGGCCCGCGAACUGCUCGACACCGAGCGCACCUACGUCGCCAACAUCACAACCUAUCUGCAGCCGCUGCGGGUGCAAGGACUGGUGGCCGAGGAGCAGCUGGGCCACAUGUUCGGCAACAUCGAACGGCUGUGGGCCAUCAGCUCCGAGCUGCUCGCCGCACUCGAGGACCGCCUGCACUGGUGGGGUCCACACCAGCAGCUCGGCGAUGUCUUCCUUCGUCUGGUCUACGACGAGUACUACCACAACUACGACCGGGCCGUGGAGACGGUCGACACGCUGGAGCGCCAGGACGCCGGCUUCAAGCAGUUCCUACUCGACCAAGUGCAGGUCGGCGGCUUCGGCUGCGAGGCACUCACCCUGGGCUCGAGGCUGAUUCUGCCCAUCCAGCGGCUGCCGCGGUACCUGAUGCUGCUGGGGGCGCUGGCGGCCAAGACGCCCGCGGGCCAUCCCGACCAGGGCCUGCUGCGGGAGGCCCUGGAGCAGCUCCAGGAGACCGCCACUCGGAUCGACGACCAGCUCAAGCGCAUGGAGAACCGCAACCGUAUCUACCACAUCCAGAGCCAGCUCUUCUCCUGCCCCGUGCUGGCCACGCCGGACCGUGUGUUGCUGAGGGAGGGGGUGGUGCUCAAGCUGUCUUCGUCAUUCGCGGUGAACUGCACCAUCUUCCUCUUCUCCGAUGUGCUGGUCUACGCCCAUCGGUCCCUCAAGUCCUUCUCCCUCCUGCGCUACAAGGGCACCAUCAAUCUGGCGGAAUGCUUCGUGCGCAGCAUUCCAGACUCGGAUGAGUUCAAGAACGCGUUCCAGGUGCUGGUGGCCUUUGAGAAGCCCCUCACCCUCUACACGAAGAAGGCCGAGGACAAGGUGGCCUGGAUGGCCGCCAUCCAGGACGCCAUCGAUGCCCUCCUCGCUGCCGAGCCCGACCUCGUCGACCAGCGCAAGUCGUGGAAGCCCAGCAAGAAGUCGCAGGGCGUGUGGCGGCUGCUGCGCGAUCGCAACCUCCUCAAGCGCUCCCCCGACACCUCUGACUCCGACCCCUCCCCGCUUCCCUCUCUCCCGACUUCCACAUCUUCAUCAUCAUCUUCUUCCUCUUCAUCACCAUCGUCUUCAUCGUCAUCAUCAUCCUACCCGUCGUUGGCCUUGUCGCCUCGUCGGUUCUACACUCAAUCGUUCUCCCACUCGGCUCCGCUUCCGAGCGUCGAGGAGCUGACUCAGUCCGCCGAGGAGCCCACAGGCCGGUUGAGUCGGGUCAAGAGCGGUCGUCUGCGCCAACGCAAGUUGGACCAGGCCCAGGCCAGCCGCAGCACCCCCGCCGUCGCCAGCCGCCACCACCACCACCAGCCUCUGUCGGCGGACAGCAGCACCUCGCCGGAGCCGGCGGCGGCCAAGGAAGGCGGUCAAGCGAAGAAGGAGAAGCGGGAGAGGCAGCAGAAGGACAAGGAGACCAGGCGGAAGCACCUCCUCCACUCCCUCACCCUGCGCAGGUUUUCAUCCGCUUCCCACAACCACCGCCACCACAACCGGGACGAACCACCAUCAUCGCUGUCGCCACGAUCUUCGCCAACGUCGCCCACGGCCCUGAGCCCGUCACAAAGCCCGCGAGAUCGACUGGCGCAGCUGCUGAGCCCGCGGCUGCCUCCGCUGACCCGGCAGAGCCCUUGCCCGACGUCGUCGGGCGCGCAGGUGGCGGAGAUGGCCCGACGCUCCACGGCCGUUACCGGCCGGCCCCCGACGGCGCAGAAGAUGCGAUCGAUAUCGGGCGAGCUCCCCCGAAACAAGAGCCGGGGCGCGACCGCCACCCCGGCCUCGCUGCCGUUACUGAGAAACCACCCAACCGCCGUCACCGUCGACGACUCGGUAGUUUGGCGCUCGUCUGCGACUGACAUCGACGAAAGCUGGAUUCUCGAGCGCAUGUACACCUCGGACUCAGGCGCGUUCGACCACCCGAUCACGCCCUCGCCCACGUCGGCGCCGGUGUCGUCACCGUCGCCGUCGCCGCUCCUCAGGGCGUUGGGCUUGCCUCGAACGGCGGCGGCGUCGUCGUUGGCGGCGGCCAAGGCGGUCAUCCGUGGCUGGGAGCCGCCCGAACACGAACGGCCCAAGCACCGGCACCGGCCACCGUCCGCCUCAGGGAGUCCCCACCGCCAUCAACGCGGCCAGACCGACAGCAACCACCUUCCAUGA